AUGAUAAAGAUCUUUAUUUUUCUUGUAUUACAUUUAUUCGUCUUGGCUUUUGGAAUUCCAAUAUUUCCACCAGCAAGGAAUUUCUCAUCAUCGAUCAAUACAAAACGAAUGAACACUAAGAAACUUGGUAAUAUUUUUGGUGAUGAUAUGUUGUUUCCUACGCCCUUGGCUGGCAUGGCACCUCGUGGUGUUGCCGUCACUGAAACGACUAAAUGGCCUUAUGGAAUUAUUCCCUACGAUAUUUCUCCUAUUACAGAUGCAGAAGAUCGUCUAAUGAUUGAGAAUGCAAUGCAUCGUAUUAUGUAUGACACUGGCUCGCCAAUUGCGGGAUCAGAGGCACGCGAGAGUUGUGUUUAUUUUCGACCACGUUUACAUACUGAUACUACUUAUCUUACCAUUGUCUAUGGAAAAGGAUGUAGUGCACAUGUUGGUUAUUGGAAAAAUUAUCCAUUAAAGUUGACAUUGCAAAAAUCUGAAGGUGGAACUUGUUUUACUAGUAGGAUUAUUCAACAUGAACUAAUGCAUGUUCUUAAUUUUAGACAUGAGCAUCAACGACCUGAUCGUGAUAAUUAUAUUCAAGUUCAUUAUGACAAUAUCGAUUCAGAACGGUACUAUGACUUUGAGAAAACAGAAUGGGGUACAACAGCGACUGAUUUAGAAACGAAUUAUGAUUAUGACUCAAUUCUACACUAUGGAGUAAACGAUCUUUCCAAGAAUGGUUUACCAACAAUAGUUCCCAAACAAAUCGGGGGUUCAAAUUGGUGUUCGUGA